AUGACGCUAGCUAGCCAGUCACUGCUGGCCCCCUCCAAACUCCAAACCCUCAAAGCCUCCAAACUCCAAACCCUCAAAGCCUCCAAACUCCAAACCCUCAAAGUCUCCAAACCCUCAGUCUCCAAACUCCAAACACUCAAAGCCUCCAAACUCCAAACCCUCAAAGCCUCCAAACUCCAAACACCCAAAGCCUCCAAACUCCAAACCCUCAAAGCCUCCAAACUCCAAACACUCAAAGUUUCCAAACCCUCAGUCUCCAAACUCCAAACCCUCAAAGUCUCCAAACUCCAAACCCUCAAAGUCUCCAAACCCUCAAAGUCUCCAAACUCCAAACCCUCAAAGUCUCCAAAAUCCAAACCCUCAAAGCCUCCAAACUCCAAACCCUCAAAGCCUCCAAACCCCAAACCCCCAAAGCCUCCAAACUCCAACCCCCCAAAGCCUAUAAACUCCAAACCCUCAAAGUCUCCAAACUCCAAACCCUCAAAGUCUCCAAACCCUCAAAGUCUCCAAACCCUCAAAGUCUCCAAACUCCAAACCCUCAAAGUCUCCAAACCCUCAAAGCCUCCAAACUCCAAACCCUCAAAGCCUCCAAACUCCAAACCCUCAAAGGCUCCAAACCCUCAAAGCCUCCAAAGGCCAAACCCUCAAAGCCUCCAAACUCCAAAUCCUCAAAGCCUCCAAAAUCCAAACCCUCAAAGUCUCCAAACUCCAAAUCCUCCACUCUCAACCGUCCAAACCCUCAAAGCCUCCAAGCUCCAAAUCCUCCAGUCUCAACCCUUCAAACCCUCAAAGCCUCCAACCUCCAAAGUCUUCACCCUCCAAAGUGUCUAA